AUGCUUGGAGCACGAACGAAACAAGUUGUAUCGUAUGGAAGGCGCAACCAGCGGAUCGUGCCCACCGAUGACAAAGAUAGGAAACACGCGAGCAUAUUUGACGAUCUACCACCUCCGCAAUGGGCGCCCGUGGUUUCCAAGAUGAGGAAACGAGAGGAGCCGCCUGUGAAGCCCGCUUCCCCGAAGUUUGUGGUCAUGAAGCGGAAGAAGAGAUUAUCACCAAUCUUAUCACCGCCAAAUGUGAAGAAACGGGCGAGGGCAGCUCAGCUUAGGUUCGAGGAAUGUGCGCCGAAGGAACCUUCCCCGGCGAAGAAGCUAAUCCACGCGAGUCCUGCGACGAAGAAGGCGACCCUCAGAGCUCCUCUAUCGCCAUAUCCCAUAAAUCUAAUUAACUCGCCGGUGAAGCCCGCUAAAUCGACCAGAAAAUCUAUGGCCCAUACGGCCCUAGGUAAACCCCUUGCUCUCACAAGUCCAGCUCCUCCAUGCGUAGACAUAAAUAUUACUGUCCUUGACAAAGAAGGCAAGACUGUAAGCAAGGAGCGCAGGGUCUCCGGAUCGAACGCUGCCGUGAUUCCCCUGGGCACCAAAGCCAACACGCGACCAAAGGAGGAUACCUCGAGUCAACGCAGAAGUAGAGCGCAGAAACCCCGCCCCGCCCCAGAGCGAAGCCCACCGGUUAUGAGCUGGCUGGUAAGUGAUAGUGAGGCAGAUAGUCCUGCACAGAAAUCCAAGCCAGCUCCAAGACCGACUCUCCCAGUUGUUAGUUGGCUGGCAAGCGAUAGCGAGGCCGAUAGUCCUAUUACCGUACCCAAGACCCGAACCCGCCGAGUCAAGGUUGCCCGCAUCAUUUCGGAGGAUGAAGCAUCCUCAUCGUCGUCCAAUGAGGUUGUCCCGUUUGACGACGGGAUUCCGGAGUUUCAUGACCCUCCUCCGGUCGAUGCCUCUCGAAGGGACUCAAAUCACCCAACGGAGACAGUCCUGCCAUUUCGGCCAUACGGCACCAAAUUCACCACUCCCUCUUCUCCCCCUUCCCGUAGUCUCCCUUCGUACAACCCAUCGCCGAUUCUCAAGCCACGUCCUUUGACGCCAAUACGGAAGAAACAUGGAUUCCGAUUCCACGAGCCUCCGUCUCCACCCUCUCCAUGCGAGCUUAGCGACUUCGAUCUCUCUGCUGAAUUCGCUAGCCUGGACAUUGGCGAUGGAACAGAUCCGUCAAUGCAAACUGAACCACCCCGCCCGGAAUACCCGGAAUAUUUGAUGCCACUACUUCGUGAAUGCCAACAGGAAAAUACAGGACCGUACGAGUUCUCCGCUUUUAUCGAGGCCUUCCCUAUGGAUCCCGUCGUUCGGACUAAGACAUCAGAAGUCAAAUUCAAGAAAAUCGGUGAAGCUAGCUUUUCGGAAGUCUUUGGAAUAGGCGAUGUAGUGCUGAAGAUCAUCCCACUACGCGAUGAACGCGCUGUUCUGAGUGAGGGAGCCGACGAUGUCGAUGGUCCACCGCCCAGUGACGCGAAUGAUGUUCUGAAGGAGAUGAUUGUGACCCGCGCGAUGGGUUCAGUUAGUGAAGGGUUUGUAGAACUUCUGAAGACCUAUAUUGUCAGAGGCAGGUAUCCUGAACUACUGCUUGACUUAUGGGAUGAAUAUCUCGAGCAGAAUGGCUCAGAAAGUGUGAGACCAGAUACGUUCAUGGUUUCCCAAGUCUAUGCUAUCAUCGUUCUACCGAAUGGCGGCCCCGACUUAGAGGCUUAUACGUUUACAACACCCACGAAAACAGGAUGGCGACAAGCUUCCAGUGUAUUCUGGCAAGUUGCGAAAACAUUAUCGCACGCUGAGCAACUUGUUUCCUUCGAGCACCGUGAUCUCCAUUGGGGACAGAUUUUGGUGAAGAAUACGUGUACUGCGCCGUACGCUCUUCCCCUUGGCACACGGAAUCAGAACCAGAAACAUGUUGGUCCAAAGAUGAAGAUGGACGACCAGCAGCAUGGGGUCAAGGUCACGCUCAUUGAUCUGGGGCUGUCCAGGAUGGACGCGGGUGAUGGAGCUGGUGGAGAGUUAGUGCACUGGACCCCCUUCGACGAGGAGGUUUUCAUGGGAGAAGGCGAUUACCAGUUUGAUAUCUAUCGACUGAUGCGAGAGCACAAUGGUGAUGCUUGGGAGGAUUUCAGACCACUGACCAACGUGAUGUGGUUGCACUAUCUCGUUUUGAAGCUCAUGCGCUCCAAGAAACUCCGACCGCCUCCAACACGCAAAGACAAAGACAACAAACGACUAUCCGUUGCCCCUUCGCCUCAAACCGAGUUCACGGAACGGGAUUGUUAUGAGAUAAUGGUUGGGGUCGAGAAAUAUUUGGGCAAGUCGGUAGCCUCCGUCGUUGCGUCUUCAAAGAAGAGCAAGACUAAAGCUCGCAGGAAAACGCAAGCCCCUGCCAGUGCACCCGAACUACUCGGUCCAUCGUGCGCGGGCGAGCUGCUCGAGUACGGUGUUAAACACGGAUGGGUCGACCCCAUUCGAUAG